AGUUAUUUGCCACACAACUAACAGACUGGAAAGCUGUCUUUACCAUGGCUGAAUCUUGCAGUGUCUCUUCCCUGCUGUUUCUGCUCCUGUUGAGCGUCCCUUUAGCACAACACGGGGCAGCAGUACUUUCUGGAACAACAACAAAAUCGACAUCACAAUCCACUCUAAAAACCGCAUCUAAUACUGAAGCUUCUACAGAUGCCGGAAUAUCUGUGUCUCACGAAACAUCAGCGACAACAAAAACAUCACAAGCCACUGUAAAAUCUACAUCCAAUACUGUAAACACUACAGGUGGUACACAUACUAAUGAAACCAGUUCUACAACUCUGCAUACAAACGGGACAAAAACUACUAACGGUGGUACACAUACUAAUGAAACCAGUUCUACAACUCUGCAUACAAACGGGACAAAAACUACUAACGGUGGUACACAUACUAAUGAAACCAGUUCUACAACUCUGCAUACAAACGGGACAAAAACUACUAACGGUGGUACACAUACUAAUGAAACCAGUUAUACGACUCUGCACAAAAACACGACAGAAACUACUAAUGACGCCUACGCUUCCAAGGGCUUGUCAGAUAAUCCAGGCUUGGUUGCUGUUUUAUGUAUAUUUAUAUCUGUUCUCUGCAUUGCUCUUGUGGUGACUGCUGUGAGGUUCUGCCAUAAGCCGAAUCCAGAAUUUCAGAAGCUGGAAGAUGUCCCAAUGAAUGGCUUGAAUGAAGAAGCUCCAUUUGCUCGAUACCCCCCAAAAUAAUAGAACUAAAUUGACAUUAUAACUACUUGCUUGUUUAACGCAAAGCUACAUUGUUUCUUUUGAAUACAGCUAUGUUUUUUAACUGAAUUUUUAUUCUGCCUAAUUGUCACAAGAAAAUCAUUCAGUAUUGUGUAUGUUCUCAGUACAAUUAAAUUAA